UGCAUUGCUUGGCCGCCAUACUUUUUCAUAGCGGAAGUGACCGGUGAAUUCAUUUCAUUUAUUUGGGAAUAUCUCUAACAUUAUACAAUAUGUCUCGUGGCAGUAGUGCUGGUUUUGAUCGACAUAUAACGAUAUUUUCCCCAGAGGGUCGACUUUAUCAAGUUGAAUAUGCAUUUAAAGCGAUUAACCAGGGUGGGCUUACAUCAGUUGCAGUGAGAGGAAAAGACACCGCAGUUGUUGUCACACAGAAAAAAGUCCCAGACAAGCUUUUAGAUGCAGGAACUGUGACACAUCUGUUCCAGCUGACAGAGAACAUUGGCUGUGUCAUGACUGGCAUGCUUGCUGACAGUAGGUCCCAAGUGCAGCGGGCAAGGUAUGAGGCUGCCAACUGGAAGUACAAGUUUGGCUAUGAGAUACCAGUAGACAUGCUUUGUAAGAAGAUAGCAGAUAUAUCCCAGGUUUACACACAGAGUGCAGAGAUGAGGCCUCUUGGUUGUACCAUGAUAUUUAUCGCAGUAGAUGAUGAAAAUGGCCCCCAGGUGUAUAAAUGUGAUCCUGCAGGAUAUUUCUGUGGAUAUAAAGCAACUGCAGCUGGUGUCAAACAACUAGAAGCCAAUGGAUUCCUAGAGAAAAAGAUAAAAAAGAAACAAGAAUAUGAUGAAAAAGAAACUAUUGAGUUGGGCAUCAGCUGCCUGUCCACUGUGUUAUCCAUAGACUUCAAACCAUCUGAAAUAGAAGUUGGCAUUGUUACUUCAAAGAAUCCGAAAUUCAAAAGUCUAAGUGAGGCAGAAAUAGACACAUAUUUAACUGCAAUAGCUGAGAGGGACUAGCGACAUCUAGGUUUCUAUUGAAUACAUGUAUAGAAUUAUCUCAGAGAUGUAGGACUCAUGUUUGAUAUAGAUGGCGUACAGAUUUGAUUCGGAGUUUUAUAAGAACGUGAAGAUUGCCAUGGCGCCAAAAAAGGAUUGCUUAGAAAAUAGAAAUUGAAUUUCUACAAUACAUUCUGAUUUCAUUCCAUGUAAAGAAUGUUUGAUGUGAAACUAUGAAUUGUAACUGUGGAAGAACAGUAAAACUUUGCCAACAAUGGACAGAUGUACCCCAACAAAAACAGUCUUGACAUGAUACUUUGUCACAACAUAGAAAUGUCUGUUUGUUCAAAAUUAAUUAAUAAAAUCAAUUUUGUAUAAAUACCUUUUUUGUUAAAGCAUGUUAAGGUAAAAUUCUGGGUUUUCACAUUUUCAAACGAGGUUUCUAAUGUCUAUAUGUUUAUUUUGGCCUCGGUGUCUCACGAAACUAAGUAUAUUUGGAUGUGAGGAUUAGAUUAGAUUAUUUCUAAUUACAACCAAUUAAUUUUGUUUGGAUGAAGGCACUGAUUAUAGAUAUGUUGACCUGGCCUCUGAGCAUUUUUAAAUAUAACUAUAAUUUGACAUUGACUGUUUGGGAAUGGUGGAGAAAUUUGAGAUCUGAUUCUCAAGUUCUGCACUACACUGCUGAUCAUUUAACAAAAUUGGAGAAUAGAGAUUUAAUUGCUUAUACAAUCAUGUGUACUUUCUAUGAUAACAAGAAGUAGAAAUGAAAACUAUGUCAACUUUUUGAUUUCAUGCUCAUAUCCAUUUUCGGGGGUCCAUAAUGAUAACUUACACUAUUUGUCCUGGCUCCAAUUUUUUAAUUGUUUUGGAGAAAUUGUUUUUAUUAUGUCACCACAAAAAGUGUUGAUAU